AUGGACUGGCUGCCUGAGCGUCCACCCAACUUCAUGAAGAGACAACGAGAACCUUCUGGGAAGUCAAAGAGGGCCAAGAAAGAAAAACUGGGGGAAACCUCUGCGUCAAGACCUCUGGUCCCUCUGAUCGAAUCACCAAGUAAGUCUUUGCCUCCUCCCUCUCGCUUUGUCAAUUUAAAGAAAAUUUCUUCUUCUCUUCCCCAAACCACCCCUAUCUACACUCAAUCUGAACCCUCACCUUCUACAACCAAACCCUCUGAUACUCCAACCCCUAACCCACCAUCACCUCCGUUUCAAAAAUUCAACCUCUCUACCACAACCCUACCAGUUUCUGAAGCUGAAAUGCUUAAUGAACCUAUCUCACCAAUCUCCUCCACACAUUCAUAUCCACCCUACUACAUCUUAUCAUCUGACUCAAAAUCCUCUGGCCAUCAAUCCCCCACACUGGAUCAGCUUCAAGCUCGUCCUCUUGCCUCACAACAACAACCUGAACCAGAAGCUAUCACUCCACCACCUGAACAACCAAUUCCACCACCAUCUGAACAACCACAAACACCACCAUCUGAACAACCACAAACACCACCUUCUGAAACCCCCAUCAUACCACCUUCUAAAAACAUUAUCAUCCUUACCUCUCAGACUCCCGCUGAACCACCCAAACACCACCAUCAUCUCCAUCCCCCAACCCUGAACCAGAACCUACCUUCCCAACCCUAG